GGCUGCCCCAGCUGGGCAGUGCUGCUCUGCGCCGCGCGGCGCUCGGUGCCCGCGUCCCCCGCUCCGCCCUCCCCGCCAGCCGCCCCGGGGCAGGAGGCGCGCCUGGCGACCGCCCGGCCAGACAAAGGAGGCGCGGCGCGGCAGAGCCAGCGCGGGCCGACGGACCAUGGACUCGGAGCGCGAGCGGCCGGCCCCCGCCCUGAGGACCCGGCGUCCCCGGGCCCGGCCCUAGGCGCCCGGCCCCGCCGCCCGGGGCGCGCAGCCGGGAGGACGCGGAGCCCGCGCGGCGCGGAGGAGGCGGCGGCCGCCGAGCUAGAGGGGCGCCGCGGCGGACGGCCCGCGGGGCCCCCGGAGCCAUGGGCAAGUGCAGCGGGCGCUGCACGCUCGUCGCCUUCUGCUGCCUGCAGCUGGUCGCUGCGCUGGAGCGGCAGAUCUUUGACUUCCUGGGCUAUCAAUGGGCUCCUAUCUUAGCCAACUUCCUGCACAUCAUGGCAGUCAUCCUGGGCAUCUUUGGCACCGUGCAGUACCGCUCCCGGUACCUCAUUCUGUAUGCAGCCUGGCUGGUGCUCUGGGUUGGCUGGAAUGCAUUUAUCAUCUGCUUCUACCUGGAGGUUGGACAGCUGUCCCAGGACCGGGACUUCAUCAUGACCUUCAACACAUCCCUGCACCGCUCCUGGUGGAUGGAGAAUGGGCCAGGCUGCCUGGUGACACCUGUCCUGAACUCCCGCCUCGCCCUGGAAGACCACCAUGUCAUCUCUGUCACCGGCUGCCUGCUUGACUACCCCUACAUCGAAGCACUCAGCAGUGCCCUGCAGAUCUUCCUGGCUCUCUUUGGCUUCGUAUUCGCCUGCUACGUGAGCAAAGUGUUCCUGGAGGAGGAGGACAGCUUUGACUUCAUCGGUGGCUUUGACUCCUACGGAUACCAGGCGCCCCAGAAGACGUCACAUUUACAACUGCAGCCUCUGUACACGUCGGGGUAGCUUCUGUCCCGCGCCCAUCCAGUUGCCACGAGCUUACUGGCUAGACUGAAGCCGCUGGCGCGAGCUUGGGCCAAAGUAGCAGGCGCGCCCCCUGGCGGCUUGCGGACCAACUGCAGCCUGCGUG